UGGAACAAAUCAUGGAUUUCGCCAUCGCUGCAAAGAAGCAAUGCAAUUGAUACAGGGAUUAAUAUUCCAGACAGACAUGAAGUGCACACUGUAGUGACCGCGGGAUUAAAGCGCUUGGAGUCGGAGCGGAAUUAACGGAGCUGUGCUACGGAUUUGUUCAGUCGCUUUUCUCCUGGAGCUUGUAGUUAUCGCACUUCUCAGGAAUACAGGUGAGAGGGAGAUCGAUGGUGAAGUCAUUUUGGUGAGACAACAGCGACUGUUAGAUAAAGUGCGCCAGGAGGGAUUAGUGCGAUUAAAAUAAAAACCUACUACUUUGGGAAAACUCAGUGUUUGACAUGGGAGAAGUGAGGGUUCGGCUUCCUUUUGGUUGGACACAGGCUUGCUGUCAAGAAAACGGCGCUUUAGAAGCUGAGCGGGAGAAACGAUGGGCUGAACUGUUCCACCAGCUCGAUGUGGAUAAAGACGGCAGGAUCAAUAUGAACGAACUUCGGAGCGGUCUCGCGGCGUGGGGGGUCGUCCGUAGUGACGUGGACGAGAUAGUGCGUGUCAGUGAUACCAAUCAUGAUGGACAGCUUGACUUUGAGGAAUUCACAGAGUACUUGCGCACCCACGAGAAAGAGCUCAGACUCAUGUUCCACAGUUUGGACAACAACAAUGAUGGUCAUAUAGAUGUAGGGGAAAUCCAGCAGUCUUUGCGAAGUCUGGGUGUUAAAGUAUCGAUUGAGCAGGCCUCCAGGAUACUGCAAAGCAUGGACAGAGAUGGCACAAUGACCAUCAACUGGAAUGAAUGGCGAGACCAUUUCCUGUUCAAUCCAUUCCACAACAUGGAGGAAAUUGCUCACUUUUGGAAGCACUCUUUGAUGCUUGAUAUAGGAGAACACCUGACAGUGCCGGAUGAAUUUUCUGAACGCGAGCACAGGGCAGGGUUGGUCUGGAGGCAACUAGUUGCAGGCGCGAUUGCAGGAGCUGUGUCCAGAACUGGAACUGCUCCGCUAGACAGACUUAAAGUUUUUUUACAGGUUCAUGGAUCAGCAGGUUUGAGUCUGUGGUGUGGACUGCAGCGAAUGGUGCAGGAGGGGGGUGUCAUGUCCUUAUGGAGGGGCAAUGGCAUAAAUGUUGUCAAAAUUGCUCCUGAGUCUGCAAUCAAGUUUAUGGCAUAUGAACAAAUAAAGUGGCUAAUGCGAGGCUCCAAAGAAGGGGGAACACUGAGGGUUCAGGAGAGGUUUGUUGCUGGUUCGUUGGCUGGAGCCACUGCUCAAACUAUCAUUUACCCAAUGGAGGUGUUGAAGACACGUCUUACUCUACGAAAGACAGGGCAAUACUCUGGGAUGGUAGACUGUGCAAAGCAGAUUCUGCAUAAGGAAGGAGUGCGAGCCUUCUACAGGGGCUACAUACCCAACACAAUUGGCAUCAUUCCUUAUGCUGGCAUAGAUCUGGCUGUUUAUGAGACUCUGAAAAAUGCCUGGCUGCAGAGGUAUUGUAUGGGUUCAGCUGAUCCUGGUGUAUUGGUUUUGCUUGGCUGUGGAACUGUUUCAAGCACCUGUGGACAGCUAGCCAGUUACCCAUUAGCCCUUAUUCGUACUCGCAUGCAGGCGCAGGCUUCCACCGAGGGUGCUCCAAAACUCUCCAUGGUGGGCCAGUUCAAGCACAUAGUGACUCAAGAUGGUGUCCCAGGUCUGUACCGUGGCAUUGCCCCCAACUUCCUGAAAGUCAUUCCUGCUGUUAGUAUUUCCUAUGUGGUCUAUGAGCACAUGAAGAAAGUCCUAGGAGUCAAUUCAUAGAAACUCCUUCCACAGAACGACAAACAACAAAUUAAAAUUAGAAACUGUGGGCAUGCCUUCGAAGACUCUAAUGAAGAAUAAACCAAGACGACUUACACAACCAUUAGAAGAAGGAGACAGAGGCAACGGCGUGCAUCAAAAUGCUCAGAACCUAAUCUACAUUACAUCCAAUCAUCUGCAGUAUACUUAUUAAUAAUAUAUGGAAGA